ACAAACGAAUUGCGGUGAUACGUUCAAUGGACAAUGUCCCAAAAAUAGAUAUCGUACUAUAGAUGGAACCUGUAACAACAUUUACAACCCUACAUGGGGUUCUGCUAACACACGAUAUGGACGUCUCCUUCCACCCAAWUAUGGGGAUGGAAUCCAAGAACCAACUAAAUCAAUUACGGGAGAAGAAUUACCUUUAUCAAGGGUGGUAAGUUAUACAUUAUUUCCCAGCAUACCUAUCAAGGACAACAAACAUACAUUAGCUGCUAUGCAAUGGGGUCAAAUUAUAACCCAUGAUAUGGCCUUGAUCGAAGGAACAACACAAUCAUUUCCCCAUGCGAUACAAUGCUGUACAAACGACGGUUAUUUUACACCCGCAGAAUUUUCUGAUCCGAAAUGUUAUCCCAUCAUAAUACCUUAUAAUGAUCCGUACAUACAUUCAAUUGAAUGUAUGAACUUCACUCGUAGUAUUACUGAUCUUGACCGUCAUUGCAACUUACGAAACAAACCCGCUGCAGAACAGUUAACUGCAGUUACACAUUAUUUGGAUCUUUCGAUCGUUUAUGGAUCAACCGAUCAAGUUGCAAACAGUGUCCGUGCCAGAAUUGCUGGACGUUUGAGAGUAGACAUCCGUAAUAAUAGAGAAUGGCUUCCAGCAGCGGAAAAUAAAUCGACUAUUUGCAAUCUMGAUCAUCAAAACGAAAUAUGUUACGCAGCUGGUGAUACUCGUGUAAAUCAAAAUACCCAAUUAACGRUAUUGCAGAUAUUGUUACUUAGAGAACACAAUCGUAUAGCAGGARUACUUGCACGUUUAAAUCCWCAUUGGUCAGAUGAAAUGACUUAUCAAGAAACSAGRCGUAUUCUUAUUGCCAAACAUCAACAUAUAUCAUAUUACGAAUGGCUACCAUUAUUCCUUGGUGAAAAGCAGAYYUAUGAAAAUAAAAUACUUUACCAUACGGAUGAUUAUGUUAAUGAUUAUAAUYCUCACGUUGAUCCAAGUGUUCUUAAUGAACAUUCUACUGCAGCAUUYARAUAUUUCCAUUCUCUUAUUGCUGGAUAUCUCAAAUUAAUAAACGAAGCAAGACAUUCAGUUGCACAACCAUUAAGAUUAAGUGAUUGGACUAAUAAACCUGAAGUUAUUGAACRUGGUGAUAAUAUGGAUAGUCUUACAAGAGGUUUGUCGUGUCAACACGAAUUAGCCAGUGAUCAAUUUUUCGACGMAGAAACAACGUUAUACUUGUUUAAACGUCAAGAACAAUUUGGCAUAGAUUUACGUGCCACGGAUAUACAAAGAAAUCGUGAUCAUGGUUUAGCAUCGUAUAAUGAUUUUCGUGAAUAUUGUCAUUUGAAAAAAGCUGUACAUUGGAAUGAUUUCAGCGAUUACAUAUCACCAGAAAAUAUUAAAAAAUUAGCGAGUCUCUAUUCCUAUCCUGAUGACGUAGAUUUAACUGUUGGUGGUUCUUUGGAAGAACACGUGCCAGGUACUCUUACUGGUCCAACCUUCCUUUGCAUUCUUCUUAGACAAUUUUAUCGAACUAGAGUUGGUGAUCGAUUCUGGUACGAAACUGGUGAUCAUGAACUAGCAUUUACCAGAGAACAAUUGAGAGAAAUACGAAAAUCGACAAUAUCCAAAUUAUUCUGUGACAAUGGUGAUAAUAUUAAAUUAAUGCAACCCAAAGGUUUCGAACUUAUUUCCGAAUCAAAUCCACUGGUUGAUUGCAAAGAUCUACCUGACAUGGAUUUAUCAUUAUGGAAAGAUUAUGCUCCAGAAAUUAAGAAUUUAAACAAUUGAAAAAUUUAUUUUUAUGUAAAAUCAUUA